AUGUCCAACGACCCUAAUCGCCAGGGACAGUAUCCACCCCCGUGGAACGGUCAGUCCGAGGAUCACGGUGCUUAUCAGUUCAAAGGAAUAAGAAAUAAGCUGACCUAUCUAUUCUGUUCCUUCAAGUAUCCGCCCUCGUCCUAUCCCCCUCCACCGGAUCACGAUCGCGCCUAUUAUCCCCCUCCUCCGCCAUCUUCGCAAUACCCUCCUCCACCUCCGCACAACAUGGCUGCUAUUCACCACCAAAUGCCGGUUCCAGGCCAAGAUCCCUAUCACCGCUUGCCUCCCCCACCCGCGGGAUAUCCUCCACGUCCAGAUAUGUACGGCCAACCACCUCCCGGAAACGGUGUCUACCAGGCCGCCGCACCACGUCAGCGAACUGCCAUUGCCUGUCGCUACUGUCGUCGUCGCAAGAUUCGUUGCUCGGGAUUUGAAAGCUCCACAGACGGGCGGUGUACCAACUGUGUGCGAUUCAACCAAGAGUGCAUGUUCACCCCAGUUUCCUCCCAGGCGCAAGCAUUCGUACCUGCCCAUGCCGCCUACCCUCAUUUGCGCAACCAGGGCGCGGGCCGCACCAGCGGCGUAACCCUCUACGGGGCCCAUGGACAACCUCUCCCUCCCCAGCACCAGCCGCAAGGUCCCGAAACGACCCUGCCUCCGCCUCAAGGGAUGUAUCAACAAUACCCGUAUGGCGGGCCACCCCUUGCGUCCUCCUCGACGGAUCCGAGACAACCUGUUGGUGCAAUGAGUGAUUAUCCUGAUCCGACAAAUCUGGCUCCCGUUUCCACUUCCGCUCCGGGGUACCCAUCUCCUAGCCCUUAUUACCCUCCACCCCUACCGCAAGAUCGGCGCACGUCGCCGCAAUCUACAUACGCUGUUGAAGCUCGUCAUUCGUCCUCUCCUCACGGCUCACCAUACCCACCAAUGCAGGCGCAGCAUCAGCCACCACCACCACCGCCGCAAGGUGGUCCCACACCACCUCCCACUUCAACACCUGGCGGCUCGGGACGCGCUGGAUUGAAUGUGCGUGACAUGCUUAACCCUGGCGAUUCCAAUGGCAAUGGUCGAUCCAGUACCGAUAGUGACAUGCUCAAUGCUCUCAAUCGGCGUGGUCUCGGCCAAUAA